CUAUUACUUCCGGUUUGGAUUAUCGCGUGAGUUUGUUUUCGUCAGUUCUCCAUGUGAAUGUUCGACGCAAUACAAUACUUUUUAUUCAAGGAUAUGAAUGACUAAUUUACAAAAAUAACAGACAGGGUGAGAAGGUGUGUUGGGAGAGGCUAGUUCUUCUAGUGUAGAGCCCUAGGAGAGGACUAGACAGUCAUAAUGGCAGCGGUGAGGAAUACCCCAGACCACAUCCUAAAGUUGCACAGUACCACCGCCCACAAUUGGGAGGAGGAGAAGAAUAAAAACAAAGACAUUCAGGAUGAUGGAACCAUGACAUUCUUCUGGCAGGCACACACAAUCACAGUGCUGGUGAUGUUUAGCUGUAUCCUGGUGUAUGUUACGCUGUUUGAAGAGGAAACCUAUGGUGCAGAUUACAACAACAAAAGGGGCAUUGUUGCAAUGGUGUUGACGUUUUUACUGUUUGGAGUGACACAGACCCCGGAUGGUGUGUUCCGUAGACCCCACCCAGCCUUUUGGAGACUCAUAAUGUGCAUGAGUAUAGUUUAUGAGCUGGGGCUGGUUUGGCUUUUAUUCCAGAAUGUUUCGGAUGCCAGGGCAGUGAUGAAACAUUUUGAUGGAAGCCUGGGGGUAAGGCUGCCAGAGAAGGCGUACGGUGGAAGUUGUCUGCUGUUUGACCCCAAUGCAACCGAUCCAUGGCACAAUCUCUGGGAUAAACUGGAUGGAUUUGUUCCUACUCACUUCUUUGGAUGGUGGUUUAAGACUCUGAUCCUGAGGGACUGGUGGCUGUGCACAGUGCUCAGCAUCAUGUUCGAGAUCCUUGAGUACACUUUAGAGCACCAGCUCCCAAACUUCAGCGAGUGCUGGUGGGAUCAUUGGAUUAUGGAUGCUGUCGUUUGUAAUGGCUUAGGAAUUUACCUUGGAAUGAAAACACUGAAUUAUUUAUCCAUGAAACCUUACCACUGGAGAGGCAUGUGGAACAUCCCUUCAUAUAGAGGGAAGAUGAAGAGAAUCGCCCUUCAGUUCACGCCGUACAGCUGGACAGACUUUGACUGGCGACCAUUAACAAGUCUAAGGCGAUGGCUUUGUAUGUUGGGUGUCAUAGCUAUUUUUCUAGUUGCAGAGUUGAACACAUUCUAUUUAAAAUUUGUUUUGUGGCUUCCCCCCGAGCACUACCUCAAUUUGACUCGACUUGCAUUCUUCCUUUUUAUGGGGGCUGCGGCCAUGAGAGAAACAUUCCAAUACCUAGAUGAUCCAUCCUGCAAAAAGUUUGGGCGCCAGUCUUGGUUGAUUGCCAUGAUAAUCAUCACAGAAUUCCUGAUUGUGGUCAAGUUUGACUGGGAAACUAUCAGUAAGCCAUUGCCUCAGCACAUUGCCUUGUUCUGGAUAGUAGGAGCUUUAGGAUUAGUGUUCUUCACAUUCUGGAAAUUCUUCAUAUACAGAGAUGUCAAAAAUGACGUGUUAGUAGAAGAAAAGAAAGAAACCAACGGAGUUAAAAACGGGAACGGAAAAUACAAAGCCGCGUACGUCAAUGGUAAUGGUGCUGCGUCUAGAGCAAGGUUACGGAAAGAAAAAUAAUUCAGUUAUAGUUUAUGUUUAUUAAAGUCAAGAUAUAUAUUAUAUUUUUUAGAAUAACUCUGUUCUAAGACAGAGAAGCCAUAUUGUAUGCAUUGUGAUAUGAUUUUUACGAGUCCUGCCCAUAAAUGCUAUUUUAUAUUUAAAUGUAUUCUACAAUUCCAAUUAAAUGUAGCUAAUCUGUUUAUUUGGUUUUCACGUCUACUUUUUUUUUCUUUAUAUGAUACUGUUAUCUGUAUACAUUAUAAUUACUUGCACUUAUAAGAGGUAAUAGUCUUGUAAAUGUGUCAAUAGAUAUGCAACUUUAACUCAGUAUCCCCCCCCCCCCUUUCCAAGGUCAAAUUGAAAUGAACAUCAAUGAAUAGAAUUUUUUUUAACAAAAGUGAGAUAAAAAAAAACAACUAGUAUCUAUCAUCCAGUUAAGGGUUUCCUAUAUUUAAGUUAAGAAAAAGUUUUGUAUCUUUAUGAGAGACAUAAUAUGUAAAAGUGGAAUAUGUACAUGUACCUUCAUUUCAGCAUGUGUCAAAACUUCUGAAAAUUUUUAAACACUCAAACAAUGCAAUUGUAGUUACAUGUAUUUAUUCAAAACCUUGAAAUCCAAUUAUUUAUUAAAGUGGGUUGUAUUUUGAAAGAUCAUAUUUAGUUAUAGUAUAUAUGUUAACAGUAAAUAAAAAUUGCAAUGGUUGAAAGAAAUUAAGAAAUACUAGAUUUAAAUCAAGCUUGUACCUAUUUUGACGUAAGUACCUUAAAUCACCCUGGAACAUUGUGUGAUUUCUGUUAUGCUUGUUUAUGGUUUUUUGUAGUCUUUUUUUUUUUUUUAGUUGAAAUACUAUGUGUUUUUGUUUAUUAGAGAAGUUUUUUUGAAAUCCAAAGUAGGAAGAAAAAGUCUCAUAACAUUUAAGGCUGGUCUAGUUUAAAGGUUACAUAAUUAAUUUUUUUUUUUUGAAUUCUUAUUGAAUUGAAUCAGAUAACAGUGAGGAGUCUUGCAAUAAGGGAUUAAUGUUGUCAAUUAGUCAGAACGGAGUGGUAUUUGACCCAAGUUAUGCGAAGAGAUUCACUUAUUAUGAUGCAUAUGAUGUCGAGAAUUGUUUUAAAAAAUUGGACUGAUCCUCAAAAUAUUGUCAUUUUUACUUAUAAUAAAUGGUAUUUAUUUAUUGAUCUUGUUAAAUAGGAAAUGUGUAUUAAUCGAUGCCUCAUUGCUCAACCAUUGCUCUUUACAAGGGCAUUAACUGUGCUGUAUGAUUAACGUUGUGAUAAACAUGCAUGAUAAAGUAUAGUUGAAGUCUCAACUACAACCAAGUUCCAUCAAUCUGCAAUUUAGUAUAGGUUUGUGAAAGGUCUUGUAAAGGUUGAAAUAUAUAUUCAGGGCUUUUAAGUGCUUUAGGUCCAUCUCCCUCCUUGAAAUAAAAAAAAAAAACCAUACAUGCACUCUUAAAAUUGGUCAGGCAUAUUGUUACAGUAGUAUUUAUGGAAUGUGUAAUUCAUUGACAGACUAGACAUGAAUCAUCUAUGUAGCAUUUCCUUGAAGUUUUAAAGGCAAGCUGUACUGCAGCAAUAAUUGAUAUUUCCUUAAGUAUUUAAAAUUUUUUUUUUUUAUAUGUACAUGCAUGUGGGGGUAAAAAACAAACCUUGCGUGAAGAAAUAUAGAAUUUCUUUAAGUGCAAUAGUUUGUGUCAAAUUCCUGUUAUUUUGUUAUUUUCUGGUCAUUCAGGUCAAUUUACCUGUGUUCCUUAGCCUUUGUUACCUAGACAUAUGGAUGGUGUUUUGAAAAGAGACUUUUAAAGAGACAGUACGGCACAUCUUAUUGAAAAACCGACUUGAAAAAAAAUUCUGAUCUCGUUCGGUAUUUUUGUACUACUUAUAAAUGUAUAUACUUUCAGAAAAUUACAAAUUUCUCCAUUUAAUGUAAUCAUUUCAUUAAAAUAAUGAUUCCAUUAAAAUUAAAAAUUAUUUAUGGUCCAUAGAUAUACACAUUGCAACAUGUUACGGGGUUUGCCUUCUAAACUAUUACGCAUGCGUAUUUACUAUAAACAUAAUAAACAAACACUUGCAGGGCUCACCAAGAUUCUCUUAGACAGGUUUGUUGAUGGAGAUAUGUCUAUUCUACUCCCUGGUAAUUAUUGUUAAAAGUUUAAAAAGAACCAGAACUACAUAAUGUAUUAAGUUCAUUUUGUAAGUGAGGCCCCCUGAGGGGUUACAUGUAUGGUAUUUGUCUGUUUAUGUUAAAAUGAACUGAAAUUGGUAAACCAUUUAUAAUUUAUUGAGAAAGUGAUGAUGUGUUCUGUAGAGUCCCUUUUACCUUUUACCCUUUUAUUCCAUGAUGACUGUAGUCUGGCGAAGAUCUUUAAUUUUCAGCACUUGUCAAUUACUGUCAAUCAAAAUCCAUGUGGUACAAAUAAUCCGGUUAAUCGUACAACCCCUCAAUUUCCUGAAGCUCAUAACAUUAUUAAGCUUAUGAAAGGAAUUUUUAUGUACUUCAACUGUCACAAUCAACAUUAUUUCUUAUUUUCUAACAAUACAAUGGGUAAACCUGAACUUAAACACACAUUUUUCAGCCGUACUGUCUCUUUAAGUUUUCUUGUGACAGAGAAUAAGUUGUGUUGUUAUAGCAGAUUUUUUUUUCACUGGAAAAUAGUGUAUGGUUGUUCAAUUGUUGAAAGUGCUUUGUUUCAGAUGUUAAGUUUAUUGUAAUCUUGAUUUAUCCAUGGAAUCCAUUUAUUGAUACUUAUUAUGUUUGGUUUGCGGGAAGCAUACAGAUUUUGUGGAGGCAAGUUUUUAUUAGAAGAAAUUUUUGUUCAAAGAGAAAAGGGUACGAACAGAAAAAGAAUACAUGUAUAACCAAGAUAAAUCCUAUGUGUUAUUUUGAGGAUUUCUGUCAUGUUUUCAUGAUUGCAUCCACAUUGUUAUUGAUCUCAGAAUUUUCCAUCCAUCUUGCAGGCACAUUUCUUUGUAAGAAAAAAAUUGUACCUAUUUUCAUUUUAAUUGGAAAUUAUUUUAUAACAGAAAGGGUUGCUGACGUAACAAUGUUACAGUGGUUUUAAAUGUAUCUGAUGUUUCAAUAUGUGUUGACUUCAGUAUGGAAAAAACUAUAGCCGCACAUUUUAUUUUAGUGUUUCUGUAAUGCACAUUGUUCUGCAGUUUGGAGCUUGUUUCAUUUUUUGAACCACUUUCAUUAGCAACAUGUACAAGUUCAGAUAUAGCUAAGUAUUUUACAAUAAAGUGGUUUACUGUUCCUUGUUACUUAAAUGCAUGCUUUCCAAUGUUUGUGCAUCUAAGUACAGAAAAACCAAACCAGUCAAUUAUAUGUAUAUUUUGU